AUGAGAACCUGUUUCUAUAUAAAUAAUCCCAUUGGUUGGGUUGGGAUAUACGCUGGCAGGUUGAGAGCGCUGAUUUUCGGUAAGGCCCGUGCAGGUUGUAACGCUUACGGUAAUUGUGGCAGCAUUACUGUUGCAGGCACCGUUAUUGGCAACCACACUAUAGGUAGUUGUAACCGUAGGAGAAACAAAAGCGCUUUGAUUGGUAUUUACGACUCCGCUUGCAUCCGACCAGGCGUAAGUAUUGCUUCCUGUGGGCGUAGCUGCAGCGUUCAACAUCAGCGAAUGGCCGUUACAAAUAAUAGUGCCUGCCGGUGCAGCGGCCGUCACCGUGGGUGUCGGGAACACAUUGAGCUGCCCGGUUGA